AUGUCCAAAUCACGCUCCCAUAAAGUUUCGAAACCCGAUACCAAGACGCGGCCCAUAGUAGUCACUAGGCACCUGUUACCGUCCUGGCGUGAGGUUGUGAGGCCAGGGGAUAUUUACAUGUCAACCAAGGGCGUUACUGUGCUCACCCCUGAGCAGAGAAAGGUCACUGGGAGUAAUAAUCCCUGGUCACCACAACCUGCAAAGAGACGUCCAUACCUAGUAUUGGACGUCAACCAGGACGGAACAUUUACAGCGGUGCCGAUUACUAGUCGGGCAGGGAAGGGAUGGGAGGAAUUGAGCAGGAAGGACCGGCUGAGAUUCCUGCCGAUCGGCAGAUGUCCUGAGGGAAUCUCGAGGCCGGUGGUCAAUCUGGAAAGUGUGACGUCGAGCUGGCGUGGGGAGAGUUCUCUCCUCGCGUCGGAAUCGUUAAUCUUCCUCGACGUCAUCGAGACCUUCCGCCCGGAGGCGAUGUGUGGAUGCCAGGGGAGGGUUUCCGAAGAGAGCCUUCUGCUCGCCAAGUGCGAGUCAGCAAGAAAUCAACGGGAACCUCAGGUUCAAGGGUCUGACAGUACCAAUCCGUUCUCGAUCUUGGGUGAGCUACUAGCCGAAGAUCAACUCCAAAUCUAA